CUCCGUCUCUUCGCAGACGACGCCUCCUGCUUCCGGAGUCCACGCAGAAGAAACGCCAGUAUGCCUCCAGAACCGUCUUACAGCAAAACUACCGUUAUUUUGUGCUUCGUCAUCGUUCUCCUCUACAUACUCGGCGUUAUUGUCAACGUGGUUGUGUACCUCCGCUUCAGCUGCGACAUUGCUGAGUUGCAGACGCGCUGUGAUGGGAUAUACUUGAAACAGCACUUCUUGCACGAAUUCCUCGCAGUCGCAGCAGACGUUGAACGCGGUGGACGCGUUUACGGCCGGAGCAAGCGUGAUGAGAAACCUGUGCAAGGAUUUGGAUACACGAAGACCUCCGAGACCCCAGUGCCGAAUGUGGAAUUUUUUCCUAGACAGGACAUGACGGAUGCUGCUGGGAAUACCAUGCUGGUCAGUUCGUACGCGAGGAUUCCGGUUCCAGUACUGGAAGAGUUCUGUACAACGGCAAAGGAGUACUGCGGCCCCAAUGACAAAGGGGAGUCAGGCAUCCCGGGAAUACCAGGGAUGCCUGGCUUGAAGGGUGACAUGGGGCUUCCAGGGUUUCCAGGACCAGUAGGUCCACCUGGGCUGAAAGGCAAUGAAGGUAGACCAGGGCAAAGAGGAGAGAAAGGUGAUCGAGGAGAACAAGGUCCAACUGGGCUAGAUGGCAGGGACGGCAUUCCCGGUCAGCCCGGCUUGGAUGGCAUACCUGGACCACAGGGCGCCGAUGGCCAGCGGGGAAUGCCUGGCAGAGACGGAGAAGAUGGUAUCCCCGGCAAGGAUGGCAAAGAUGGGCGGAAUGGUGUCGAUGGCUUGCAAGGUCCUCAGGGUCCUCCCGGUCUCAAAGGUGUUCCUGGAGUCGCUGGGGCCCGAGGAAAGCGAGGCUUUCCAGGACUCCCUGGAACCCCAGGAGCUCCUGGCAUUGCCGCAUGGAGGCUCAAUGGAACCACAAUCUUCGACACGACGGAAAUCCUUGUUCCUCCCAGUAUAGUCGACACCGUCCCUACACAGACUGUUGUCGUAAAAGAAGGUGAGAAUAUACGUCUUCGCUGCUCAGCGACGGGACAGCCUUUGCCCCUGGUCACCUGGAGAAGGGAAGAUGGACGCGCUAUCUACGGUACUCAGUGGCACCAGUCGUCAGUCGAAGACCGCCAGCUGAACAUCAGCCACGUAACACGUGAAGAAAUGGGAACGUACGUGUGCAUCGCUUCCAACGGUGUCCCUCCCACAGCGAGCAAGCGGGUAUACCUCGAAGUUACAUUCGCACCUUUCAUUCGUAUCCGACAAUGGUCCGUGGGAACCGUCAACGGAAGCUACGCUGUGCUCGAAUGCAUCGUCGAAUCUUUCCCGCCUGCCGUCAACACUUGGACUACUGGAGCUGGGCGCUUCGUUGAACCCGGGUCGAAGUACCAUUUGAAGGAAGUGGACAGCGGGUACACGACGACCAUGACACUUAACAUAAGUAACGUCGCUACGGAGGACUAUGGCCUCUACAAGUGCGUUAGUAAGAACGCCUUCGGCCAGGCGAUAGGAGUCCUCACAGUGUUCGCGCAAGAUCAAACACCAGUCGACGAGGUGGAUCAUACGGGAGAACGAACUACAGGACAAGCACCACUCGUAAAGCAGAACGCCACUGAUUGCAAGCCUUGCCCCGAGUGUCCAAGUCGGACCAAGACCUGCACCCAUGGUUCACUGACGGACAUCGUGAACAUCCAGAACGUCGACAGCUCCGUUAAUCGCACCAACUGGUUGUCACGAAGAUCCCGCGAUCAAGAGUGCCUGGUGACCCGAAGACUGAUUCAACGAAUCGGCAAACCCGUCCUCUACCGCGGUCAGUCUCCACCAACGUGGCUGAACUGGAUGAGACCCAGCGAACCUUACGAAGCCAGAACCUUCUACGUGUCCAGCGGGGAGGACAAGGCCACUCUCCUGGAGUUCACUUCCAAGGCCUCACUCCGCAAUGGGAGUAUAUCUCGGAGGCUGCGGUUGCCCACAACGUUCAGCGGGAACGGCCACCUGGUCUUCAACGACUCCGUCUACUACCACAAGAACGGGACAAACGCCAUUGUCAGGGUGCCGCUCGGGCGCGGAAGAGAUGAGCUCAAGGUCGCCGCUCAACUCGGCAUUGAAGACAUGACCUUUUGGAACGAAAGCUACCUCUUCUCUGCCCAGAAGAAUUACGCCAACAUUCUGGCCGACGAAAACGGCCUGUGGGUGGUGUACUCCAGCCGCAACUCUAACAAUACAAUGAUCAUGAAGGUUCACGAGCAGAGCCUUCGACCCGAGUACAUCUGGAACUUGACUGUAGAUCACCGUACGAUCGGCAACGUAUUCGUCGUUUGCGGCGUCCUGUACGGAAUCAACAGCAUGACUGACCACCGCACGGAGGUCGGCUUUGCUUACGACCUUUACACCGAGUCCCUCCUGGACUUUGUCCGCUUGAACUUCAGCAACCCUUUUGGACGGACAGAGUUUGUUUCCUAUAACCCCGGUGAUGCAUCCAUCUAUACCACAGACGAGAGCCAUCAGCUCCUGUAUCCGCUUCUCUUCAACGCCAGUGCAGAAGGAACUCCCACGAGCAACGAACUUCCCAUGGGACUCUCCCAGUGACGCCCCGUAUGAUAGUUCUUAGUCGGUUCGCUACUUAAAGGGACUAUGAAAUUUCCCGAACCCCCAUACUUUUUUUCGAUGGAAACUGUUCUUCACGCAGAGAAACUAAUAUGCCACAAAUUUUUCCGGACGAAAUCGCUCCACUCUGCGAGGAGCGCGCGCUGGAAAUGUCUCUUCCGCGUUCCUCCUCUCCCGCGCAUAUUUCCCUGCCGAUGGUGUAACUGUACGGACCGCACUUCGGUUCCCCCUUACGUCACCGGUGUUGCACAAUGGCAAGUAAUGCCGCGAGCUCGCGCUGUGGCUGCCGCCACUGCCGAAAUCUGCCGAUCGCGCGAAAGCUGCUGUCAUGGAGAUUUCCACUCCCGAUGAACGCAUACGCGGGAUCCUACGGCGCAUGCUCCUGGCGGGAUUCCUCAGCUCGGCAACACGUCACGAUGACGUGUUGCUGAGCCGGCCGUGGUCGCGUCAAGUUACCCGUUGUGUCUCCGCUCGGCAGCUCGUCACGGCGCGGCGCCAGCUGUCCUCCCUUCGCCGCUCCGUUUAAAUUCGCUCCCGAGAAAUCCGCUCGCGCUACGAAAGUAAAAUUUCGGUUCUAGACUCAGAAAAAUGCCUUCUUUCGAACUAAAUGAAGAAAAAAAUCGUUUCAUAGUCCCUUUAAGGUUACGCUCACGACUGACGGCGCAGAUAAAGAGCGCACUUGAUUGGUGCCUGUGUCCCCACGAUGCACCCGCAGGCGAACACUGUUUGCGGAAAUCAAUAGCAAAGGACUCAGAUCUGUGAGUCUUCGGUGAGAGACUCGCCCUAAGAGCACCUGCUCUUCUUGUCCAAGAAUUCUUCGAAGAAAACAGAGGCGACUGUAUUUGUUGGUGCUCGAAUCGCUGAGAGAUGCUGUCAGCGUGGACAUUUAGGAAGUCAAGGCUUUCUUAGAAAUGGGCAUUAUAUUUAGCCCAGGUGAAAAAUGUAUGAAACAAAUACGCCUUUGGGAAUCCACUUGGAAAUAGUCCACUUUAAAAGACCACUUGCAAGUGGUCCCACUUUCGGAACCACUCGCAUGCUGUUCCACUUUGGGACCCGUUUGCACGUUUAGUGUUCCUCACGACACACCACAAGUGGGCCCUAUCUUACUUACUCUGACUUUCAAAAGGGUUUGAGUUCAGUGCAUUAUGACUUCCAAGUGGUUCCAGUUUAGUCCACAGCGGCUCUGACCAAACCCACUCUGACAGCCAAGUGGACACAGUCUUGCAAGGUAAUGGUUCUAUUGCAAGCGACUUUUCUGACCACUUUGACCCACUUUGCUGUUCAAGUGGUUUCACUAUGUCCCACUUGGGAUUUCACUUGUUUUUUUUUUCACCUGGGAUGGUUCCUGGGGAAGUCAGAAAAGCAUAAAAAGAGUGCCUCUUA